UACCUUCCCCUCCUCUCCUCCUAGGUCCUAGCUAGCUGGUCCCUGCAGCCACUAAGCUUAGCUUUGGGAGCUCUUCUCCAUUGUUUGCAGUUGCAGCACUCCUAACACACUGUCUCUCUCCCCCUCCUAGCUGUUCUUCCUUUCGGUGCUCACCGCUGCUGUUUCAGCUAAUACAGUGUUAAGCUCGGUUACUGUCGUCGGUUUCCAGCAAAGCCUCGCAGCUAUUGCACUUGUGCCUCAACCUGAAGGCCUGUAGCAGGAGAGAGAGAGAGAGAGAGAUUGAGCAAGAAGCAGCAGCAGCAGCAGAAGAAGAAAUAGUCAAAUCAGAGGGGGAACCAAAGCUCCAAGAGGGGAGCUCUCCGGCGUUCGGCUCGCUUCCAGAGUUCCAGCAGCCUGCGGUCGUCCGCCGCUCGAGCUCCCAAUCGGCGGCCAGCCUCCUCCUUUGGCAAGAAGGACCUCCACCUUUUUUCUUGCAAAAAAAGGGCCUUUUCCCCCCUUUUUUCUCUCUCUUUUUUCUUCCUCAUCAUCGUCUUGCUCCCCCCAAGAAGCUGGGAGCUAGCUAGCUAGCGGCCCACCGGUCGAGUUCCCUCUCUCUCUCCAGGCAUGCCUUCGGCGGCAUUACAACUCGGCACGGCGGUGGAGGGCAGCUUCCAAGGCGGCGGCGCCAUGGUGCCGUCCGCGCGCCUCCUCACCCCCAACGGCGGCGCGGUGGCCGGCUCCACCUCCACGCCGAGUCGUCAGGAGGAGACGACGAAGGCCAACGGCGGGGGGCCUGGCUCUGGCCCUGACCUCGCCGCGCUCCGGCCCACCAAAAGGCCGCGCGGAAAAGCCCAGGCCGGGAAGCCCAGGAAGCGGGCGCCGAUCUGGAACCUGCAGGCCGCCGUCUUCGUCUCCGUCGUCCUCAACGUCGGUCUCCUCCUCCAGCACUACGUCAAUAGCACGGCUCCGUCGCAGCAGCAGCACCACCACCACCAGGAGCAUCUGCAGGCCUGCCCGAUGCAUCCAGAUGCUGCUGGCGUCAACCGCAACAGAAGGGGAAGACAGGAGGAGGAGCAGCCGUCCCCGUCCAUGCCCAAGGCCGGGGCGCCGUCGACGGGGAAGCCGGCGGUGACGCCGGACUCGGUGAUCAACCUUGACCACGGCGACCCAACCAUGUUCGAGGAGUUCUGGCGGGGGACGGGGUCCGCCGCCGAGAUCGUCAUCCCGGGGUGGCAGACCAUGAGCUACUUCUCUGACGUCGGCAACGUGUGCUGGUUCCUGGAGCCGGGCCUGGACCACGAGGUGCGGCGGCUGCACCGGCUGGUCGGCAACGCCGCCGUCGACGGGUACCACGUCCUCGUCGGCACCGGCUCCACGCAGCUCUUCAUGGCCGCGCUGUACGCGCUGUCGCCUCCCGCGGGCUCCGCCGCCGGCGCCGCGCCCAUGAGCGUCGUGUCCACGGCGCCCUACUACUCGUCCUACCCUGCCGUCACUGAUUUUCUCCAGUCGGGUCUCUUCCGCUGGGCCGGCGACGCCAACACGUUCAAUGGCGACACCUACAUCGAGCUGGUGUGCUCGCCGAACAACCCCGACGGCGCCAUCCGUGAAGCCGUCCUGUCCUCGGACUCCGGCAUAGCCGUCCAUGACUUGGCCUACUACUGGCCGCAGUACACGGCCAUCACCAAACGCGCUGACCACGACAUCAUGCUCUUCACCGUGUCCAAGAGCACAGGCCAUGCCGGGACGAGGAUCGGGUGGGCGCUGGUGAAGGACCGUGACGUCGCGAAGAGGAUGACCAAGUUUAUCGAGCUCAACACGAUCGGGGUCUCCAAGGACUCGCAGCUGCGCGCCGCCAAGGUGCUCAGGGCGGUCUCCGACGCCUACGAGCUCCCGGAGGCGAAAGAGGACCACCGCCUGUUCGACUACGGCCGUCGCAAGAUGGUGGAGCGCUGGACCAUGCUGCGUGAAGCGGCCGCCGCCUCGGGCAUCUUCAGCCUCCCCGAGGAGACCUCGGGCUUCUGCAACUUCACCAAAGAAAUUGCAGUGACUAACCCCGCGUUCGCGUGGCUGCGCUGCGACAGGGAAGACGUGGAGGACUGCGCGAGCUUCCUGCGCGGCCACAAGAUACUGACGCGGAGCGGGAGCCAGUUCGGGGCGGACCCGAGGUACGUCCGGGUCAGCAUGCUCGACAGGGACGACGCCUACGACAUCUUCGUGAAGCGCCUCUCCUCGCUGCAAUGAAAGGUGGCCGGCGACGCGUGGAGACGCGAGACGGAGGAGGAUACGAUGCCACCCGGCCGGCGUCGGCACGCCGGGCCGUGGGAGCAUGAGUAGGGGCAGCCAGUGAUCUUCAGUAGGAAGACGCGCAGGAGGAGCAACGUUUUGUUUCGCUUUUUCUGCUGUAUGUUUUGUGUUGUUCGGGAUGUAGGCGUCGUCUCAAAGAUUCUUAUAAAGGUUUCAUUUCUUCUUUUUUUUCCUCUUGUUAAUAAGUGGUGUAUGUGAGACUGAACUGACGUAACAAAAAAAAA